GUAACACAGGAAGAUAUCCGUGAUGCAGUUGAUAUUUCCAGUGCUACAAAGUAUUUCAAUUUGACACUGGACAAAUUUGGUCCUUACAGGAUUGAUUACACACUGAAUGGGAGGUUCCUUCUCAUUGGUGGACAGAAAGGACAUUUGGCAGCUUUUGAUUGGCAGACCAAAAAAUUGAUGUGUGAGAUCAAUGUUAUGGAAACCAUCCAGGACGUCAAGUGGCUGCACAUAGAAACGAUGUUUGCCGUGGCGCAGAACCAGUGGACGUUCAUUUACGACAACCAAGGAGUGGAGCUGCACUGCUUGAAGUUCAUCGACAGUGCGCUGCAGUUGCAGUUCCUGCCCUACCACUUCCUGCUUGUUGCCGCCACAUCUCGGAGCUUCAUUACGUGGAUCGAUGUUUCCAUUGGACAGAAAGUAGCUGGCUUCACAACUGGCCUUGGAAGAUUGGAUGUUAUGUGUCAAAACCCACAGAAUGCAACAAUCUUAUUGGGUCACCCUGGAGGUACGGUGAGCAUGUGGUCUCCGAAUGUGAAGGAGCCCUUGGUGAAGAUGUUAUGUCAUGGCUCUGCUACCAAAUCAAUUGCUGUUGAUAAGACUGGAAAUUACAUGGCCACUUCUGGACUGGACAGGCAGCUGCGAAUCUGGGACUUGAGAAUGUACAAGGAGGUGCAUGGCAGUUAUUUGAAGUUUGGCGCCAACCGGCUGGAUUUCAGUCAGAGAGGAUUGCUGGCAGUAGGGUUGAACGAUAUAGUACAGGUAUAUACCGAUCCCGUUUCAAGUCCUCCGACCACUCCUUACUUGAGUCACACACUAAGGAGACCGGGAUUGCACGGAAUGCAGUUCUGUCCAUUUGAAGAUGUCCUGGGUGUUGGUCACUUGGAAGGAUUUACAAGUUUGCUCGUGCCAGGAUCUGGUGAGCCCAAUUACGAUGCACUGGAAGCCAAUCCUUACCAGACGAAACAACAGAGGAGGCAGAAGGAAGUUAAGAUGCUCUUAGAAAAGGUGCAACCAGAUAUGAUAACAUUAGACACCAGUGCACUUGGAAAAGUCAACGUUAAGACAUUAAAAGAGAAAAUGGAAGAGAAGGCAAAAUUGAAGUUUCUAAAGAUGAAGAAAAUAGACUUUGAACCAAAGUACAAGAAAAAAGGAAGAAGCAAAUCUGGUAAUCUAUUUUCAAAGGAAUUGAGGAAACAAGGUGUUAGAGCUGAACAAACAAAACACUUUAUAAGAAAAGUUUUAACAAAUAAAAAACGGGAAGAAACAGAACCAAGCAAAGAUUCAAAAAGAAAAAAAGAUGUUUUGGACCGAUUUAAAUCUAAAACAUAG